GGAAACUCCUCGAUAUCGCCAAACUUUUUAUUGUUUUCUCAACUCUUCACAUAUUGCAAUGCGCACUUGUCCUUGCUUUACCUUGUCUUAGCCAUUUGGCCAUUAUGUUUGUAUUAGUUUGCUUCACAUAAACGAACCUUAAUCUUUUGAGAAAAUCGAAUGGCUCAAGGGGCCAUAACAACGGCGCCGUCAGUCGCCGUGGCAGGCUUGACAAGAGACGAACUGCACGAGAUACAGGAAUAUGAAAAAAUCAUUCGAUUUCGCGAUAUUGUAUACUCAGGGGCACAUCCUCGGAUACAGAUCCCGCCACACUUGGCUGGGAAGUCGUUGGUGAAGCCGUUAUCUCCAAGUACAGUUGUAACGCCAUCAAACCAGCCACCGACUCCAUACUCGUCAACAGCACCAGCUGCGAAAACAUAUACAGGCAGGGAAAAUGGAGGUGAUGGAGACAGAUUGCUAGAUGGGAAGCGAUUAAUGGCUGGGCGGCCAACAGUUGCCUUGGGCAAGACUAACAAAUCAGCGAUCAAUCCUAUUUUGCUUGAAAAGUCGGCAGACCUCAUCAAAGCAGAGAUCCAGUUGCACAGGCAGCGUCUCGAAAGAAGCUUGAGGGAUCAAGUUGAUCAACGGCGCAUUUCUAUGAAGGCUGCCUCCCAGACUUCAGAGUCUCUCCCUGAUUUCGACCUGUCAGAUGUGCUUUCCAAGGCGUUCACAAUUGUGCACCCUUCAACGGCUAGUGAGGCCGGGCAGUCCCAAGGUGGUCGCACGUCAGCAAGUGAUUCCUUUGAUGAUAAUACGUUUUAUUCAAGCCAGCAUAAUACUCCAGAGCACGGAAGAAGUCCUCGCGGGCGCAGAGAGUCUGGUGAGGUCUAUACAAGUGCUGUUGCUCCUCUCAAUGCUCCUGAUAGUGGACCAUCAGUGGUUCGCUAUCAAGACGAGUCUCCAAGUUUUAUUUCAAAGGAUGUCACCCCGUCUAAUGUUGUUCCUGGAUUACAAGAGCUUGCUCGUAGCCAGAUAUCCGCACCUCCACAGUCAACAAGCACUCUUGGUGCUGUUGGCGUAAACCAAAGCAAUGAGCUCCUGAAAGCAGCUACUUCCAACAAGCCAGCAACUGAUAUUGCCCGGCCAGUCGCAGAAAAACAAGACUUUGCUCUAACUCCCCACAGCAAUGUAUCAACGCCACAAGGAGCAACCCCAUCGCGAACUGAAGCCGAUGAAAGGAACAGGAUUGCUCAGGGCGGCCCUGAUGCUGUACCUUCACAGGUGGCAAGCGCCACUUCCCAGAAACGGCGAUUAACGCUGGAGGAACCCGAAACGGUGCGAAAUUUCAACCUCUCCCCUGUCGCACCUCAACCAGCGCGUGUAUCUCCUCUCGCCACUGCUCGGGCACCGGUGAUAUCCCAAGAAGCGUUUACGUUACAGGAGGAACCUAUACUCUCCCCGGUGCACGAAGCAGGACCCAGUUCAGCAACUGGCGGAAUGCCUAAGAUCUCCAAGCGGGCCGAACGCAGAAAGGGGAAGGGCAAAAGCGUUGACACAGGUAAUAACCCAGCUUCUGCAAUUGCUACCCCAGCCUCUCCCUACAUAAAACCCGAGCCAAAGUCUCCAUCGCCAUUCCAGUCGGCACCAUUGCCACGUCCACACAAAAGGCAGAGGCAGACAAUGCAGCAAGGUGCCGGACUCGACUACGAUGAGCCGGCAGAAGAUACGAUUAUGAUGCAGCCUGUCGCCCCUCGCACCAGAGAUGUAAGACCAAGGCCAGUCCAGAGAAGCGGCGAGCGACUUGGCGAAGCAAUGGAAAUCGAUCAACCCCAACGUCACCGAAUGGCCAGAGACGAAGCGCCCAGCCGCCGAAUUAUCAGCCAAGAAAUAUACAGGGAUCCACCAUCUCCUGCGAUGUACGCGGUGCCUUAUCCACAAUACGAACAGCGGCCCGUGAGAGCUAGUUCGCGAAUGGUGGCGGAUACAUAUUAUCAGGAACCUCCUGCAUACUACAGAGAGCCACCAGCCGCGCCUGGAGCUGUUAUUGAAAUCGAUCCCAGCGACAGGUCCUUGUCCCCUAUUCUCAUGGCGCCGCCGCCCCGAAUGGCACCCUCUCGCAUCGUCGUCGAUGAGUACGGCCGCCAGUAUUACACAGCUGCACCGAACCCGCCUCGACAGUCUGUCGCGCCACAGCCAAGGAUUAUCGACGACAAUUACUACUACGAUCGUCCCCCACCAAGGGCAAUUCGCCGUCCGGUCCAACAUGCAUACGAAGACGACGGAGUUAUCUACCGGCGCGCAUCCCCGCAAUACGUGCCCCAACGCCGCGUCAUCACCCUACCUGAGAACCUGGCAGAACCCCAAUAUCGCCAGAGGGAAUACUCGACACGCCCAGUAGCCACACGACCACCACCAGAAGAAUACGCCGCGCCUGGAGAUAGAGAACCCAUUGAGAUCCGCCAGAGGGAAUAUUCUACAAGACCACCUCCAGCCAGACAACCCAUCGACGACUACCUGCGCGUCGCGGAAGCCCCGCCGCGGCGCCAACCUACGCAUUUCGAGGACCAACCACCGCACGAGUACCUCCCCCAACGCGUAGCAAGUGUCCGCCCUGAGUCCUUCCGCCACGAGAUGCGCGGCGAGUACAUACCGCGCGCCCAGAGCAUCCGUCCAGAGCCCAUUCACCGUGAGUACGCGGGUAGUGUGCGGCCCGAGGGCCGGAGAGGGGGUGGGGAAGUCCAAUCUCAGAUUCUUAGGGAGUAUAGUGUUCGGCCUGGUGAACAGGAGGUGGUGAGGCGUGAGUAUUUGCCCGCGAGGACAAUGGAUGAGUAUCAGCAUCAGCAGCAGCCGAUGGGGAGGCCGAUGGCGAGGAGGGUGGUGGAGGAGCAGGAGUAUAUACCGUGGCGCCCGCAGGAGAGGGAGGUGUAUGGCGGCGGUGGUGGUGGUGAGGAUACCCAGCGGGAUGUGAUCUACAAGUAAUAGUGGAGCGGCGGCGGCAAGAGAGGCGAGGCGAGUCGAGGCGAGACGCCGCUGGCGUAGGUGUGUAUUGUAGGAGAUACUGUGCCGGGAAGGGGCUUGUAGUGUUAUGUACAGUACUGUGUGUGGUAUAGGUUUAAGAAAUAACAUGAGAGUCGUGAGAGAAAGAUUUAUGUUUAUUGUGUAUGUGUGUAUGUAUUGUCUACUGG